AUGGCUUCUACAGCAGAAGAUCCGUCCAGGCCUCGACCAAGUACCGUCGCGGAACACCUAGCCGGCACAGCGGAUUCCUGGCACGGCAAGAUCACGACGUCCGGCCCAUUCAAGCCGCAGCGCGGACGGUAUCAUCUUUACGUCGGUCUCUUCUGCCCAUUCGCACAUCGUGUCCUGCUCGUCCGUCGCCUCAAGGGCCUGACGGAUCUUAUCGAUGUCAGUGUCGUCAAGCCAUAUCCCAAGGGCGACGACAGAGGCUGGCCCGGCUGGCGGUUCCCACGCGAUGAAAACGAAUAUCCCGAGGCGACAGUCGACCAUAUCUUCGGCAGCGAGUAUCUCCACGAGGUCUACUUUCGAGCAGACAAGGAGUACAAAGGCCGGUAUUCUGUGCCAGUACUGUGGGAUCGGGAGACGGGGACGAUUGUCAAUAAUGAGAGUCUCGAGCUGCUGAGGGAUCUGCAGACGGCUUUUGACGAACUGUUACCUCAAGAGUUUGCCCAUAUCACAUUAUAUCCGGAGCACUUGCGCAACAAAAUCGACGACAUCGGCUCAUGGUUGCAGCGUGAUCUUAAUUCGGGGGUUUACAAGGCUGGAUUUGCAGAGACGCAAGAAAGAUAUGAUGAGAAUGUACUCCCAGUGUUCGCAGCGCUGAACAAGCUGGAGAAAAUGAUUGCUGCGAACGGUGGGCCAUAUAUUCUCGGUCAGGAGUUGACGGAACUGGACAUCAGAGCGUAUGCGACGGUCGUGCGCUUCGACACCAUCUACGUCCAGCACUUCAAGUGCAAUCUGGGCACGAUCCGGCACGACUAUCCCCAGCUGAAUAACUGGCUCAAGAACCUGUACUGGAAUGUCGCUGGGUUCAGGGAGACGACCGAUUUCAAGCAUAUCAAGGAGAACUACACCAAGAGCCAUGCGGAUAUCAACCCCAAGGCUAUCACGCCCAGGGGGCCAUGGCCCCACGUUGAGGACGGGUGGGAGAGUGAUCUGAGGAAGGUCAGGGUCGGUGGUGUCACGAUGCCGGAGGUGGUCGACUUGGAAUCUAAGUUACCUCACUGA